AUGUCAGAAAAUUCACAAUUACAUCCAUUAUUUAGAGAUGAAAUUCCUACAAAGGAUGAAUUAACAUCAAAUAAUGUAUAUUCUGCCUUAGUAGAAAUCAAUUCAGAAAAUUCUAAUCAAGAUGAAACUAUGUUUGAAUAUGAUCCAAAUAAUUAUAAAGAAAGAAGUAUUGAAGAUAUAUCCCAAGAUCAAGUAUUUAAUUCUUUAAAAACUCGUAAGUAUAAUGGUAAAUAUCAAUUACAUCUUGAAAGACUUAAGAAAACUAGAAGAAGUAGGAAAAAUCAAUCAUUUAUAAAAUAUCAAGUACCAAUACAAGCUAAGAGUAAAACCCUAAAUUUUAAUAUAGCAACUCAAAAAAAAGAUCGUGAAAUUUCAGAAUUAGAGAUAUGUAUGUCACUAUGGUCAAAAAAAAGUUUUUAA